AAUGAAAGGAUGGUAGAAUUAUAAAUUUGUUUGUCAAAGAGUUAAAUGCGAUGAUAGACAAUUAGAAUAAAUAAAGAAUUUAGAAAACAAUCCUUAUUUAGUUGGAAAAAAAUUAGAAGAUAAUGAAUUCAUCUUAUACAAAAUUCCUUAUAAUGAAUGUAUUUCUUUGAAUGAUUUAAUGGAUGCAAUAGUAAUUUAUAUGUGAUAAUUUAGAAAUCGAAUUAUGUAGUUAUCUAUAAAGGACAAGUCAUUUUAAUUAUUUAAGCUAUUAUUCAGCAUUUAAUUAAAAUGGGUGAAAAAAAAUUAUGCCAUUCAUAAUUGAAUACAAACAAUAUUUUUAUUCAAUUAAAACCAGAAUCCAAUAAAUUUACGACUUAUCAAUAACUUAUUUAAAUUGAUAACAUCUAUUUUGUUUAAUAUUUAAUAGUUUCGGAUCCUUGUAAUCCAAACAUAGAAUUAACAAAUGAUGUAAAAGAAAUUUUAAAAAUUAUUUAUCAAUUUUUAGAACUAUAUUAAGAUAAUAGUUUUACUAAAAUUAUAGAAGAAAUAAAAAAAGUAAAAAAAAUCAAUGAUGUAAAACCAUUUAAGUAAUUAAAUGAUAUACUUGAUAAAUUCAUAACGGAAUAUAUAGAUAUUAAGAAUUAAAUAAUGAAAGUUAAUGAAAUUGAAAAUUAUAAUAAAUUUAAUAAAUAAAGAUAUCUUUGUGAAAAAGAAUUACUUGUUUAUUUAGAAGAGUUAUUAAAACAUAAGAUUAAAUUUGAUGAAAACAUUUUAGAUGAAAAUUAAAAUUAAAAAUAAGAAUAAAUUGAAAAUCUUAAAGCACUAGAAUUAUUGAAAUAUUAUAUUUUGUCUCAUUUUUAACCUAAUUUUGUGAAAUAAUUCUAAAAUUUCUAUGGAGACAAAUUAUAAAAUACUUAUUUAAUAAGUGGAAUUACAAAACAAUCAUAUAAUGAAUUUUUAACUUCUAUAGAACCAGAUAGAAUGAAAGCAAAUGCAUCCUUUGAGAUUUUUGAAAAAGUAAUUCACAAUUGUUUUUCAAGUUUAACUUAGAUUAAAUAUGAAAAACUUAAAGAUUAUAAAUUUGAAGUUGAAGAUUUAUCCAAAGGUGAAAUUAUUGAAUUGCUAUAUAAAUUUUAUAUUAAAUAUUCAUUAGGUUGCGAUUUGGCAAAAUAAUUUGAAGAAGUCAAUUCAAAAGUAUUAUUAGAUAUUCAAUAAUAUUUUUAAGAACAUUAUGAAAUGGAAACAGCCUUAAAAAUCCUUGAAUUAAUACGCGAUUUAAUAUGA